CGCGUUCGAAAUUCGAAUCAGUCUGCUUCGAACCACAGACGGGUGAAUACGUUCGCUUGGAAUUAAAAAGGAACAAAUAUGUUUACGAAUUAUCAGUGUUUACUAACAGUGAUAUUGUGACAGUCUGCUAUUAUGACAUACAAAAACAGUGUUAUAAUACAGUGAAUAUUUAAUCACAAUGGCACGAAUUGUUUUACUUUUACUCUGUUCGUGGCUAGUGGCUGCUGCCCAGGAGGAGAGCGAAGGUGGAAAAUGCGAGAGGAUCCAGUUGCCACUGUGCCAGGAUUUAAGAUAUAACUGGACUGUGAUGCCCAAUUUGAUGGGACACAAGGACCAGAAAGAAGCAGCUGAAGCUAUGGUCGCGUUUGCCGGUAUUUUGGCCAGCGGAUGUUCAGUCCACGCUCGCUUCCUGCUGUGCUCUGCGUUCACCCCACUCUGCACCGAGCAGGUCUCUGGCUCCGUGAGCGCUUGCAGAGCGCUCUGCGAUACCGUCGUCGACGACUGCAAAGAACAAUUGAAACUGCUGAACCCCGGCAUCACACUUGAUUGCUCGGUUUUCCCCAACAGAGCCGACAGAAAACUCUGCAUGAGACCGCCUAACGCGAGCGAGCUAGAACCUGAACCGCCGCCACCGCCCCGAUGGUUUUUCCAGGAACACGAGCUAAGGGAACACGGAUGUCCACCCGCGUACACCAGAGCGCCGACCGGGGAAUGCUGGCCGGCGUGCGGCCAACACGCUCGGUACACCCAGGCCGACAAGAGAUCGGCCGAAAUAUGGAUGACGACGCUCGCCUGGUUCUCACUCCUGUCGACUUCUUUCGCCCUGCUGACAUUCUGUGCGGAACCGUCGAGAUACCGGUACCCGGAGAGACCGGUGGUCUGGAUGGCUGCGUGCCACACAAUAGUGGCUCUCUCGUACGUCGCGAGGAGUUGGCUCGGCGCGAAAGUAGUGUCCUGCGCUGGUGAUACGCUCGCCGUCGACGGCCUCGCGGCGCCAACGUGCGUCGCAUUCUUCGCACUCACGUACUACUUCACGCUGGCUGCAGACGCGUGGUUCGCGAACGCGUGCGUCGCAUGGUACUUGACGGCGGCAAGCGAGUGGUCCGGCGAGGCGCUCGAGCGUGCUGCGGCUUACCUACACGCGGUCGCGUGGGGCUGGGCCGGCGCCUGGACGGCAGCGGCACUCGCGCUACGCCGCGUCGCCGCCGACGAGCUCACCGGCACCUGCGGCGUCGCGGACGCGGCCGCCGCCGCUCUCAUCGGCGUACCACGUGGCGCGCUGCUCGUCACGGCGCUGGCGCUCGCGGCGGGCGCAGGCCCUGGUAUAAUGAGAGUGCGGCGCGCGCUGGACUCGAGGGGCGCGAAGAGGGUGGGCAGGCUGGCGGCGCGCGCGGCGGCGGCGGGCGCGCUGUACCUGGCGGUGGCGGCGGCCGGCACCGCCGCGCGGGUGCUGGAGGCGCGCGCUCGGCACGCUCAGGGCGAGCUGGCGCUGCUGGCGGCGCGGGAGGCGGGCGGCGGCGCGGCGGGCGGCGGCGCGGCGGCGGCGGCGGCGGCGGGCGCUUGGCUGUGGGCGGGCGGCGGCGCGGCGGCGGCCGCGUGGGCGUGGUCGCGCAAGUCGGGCGCGGUGUGGGCGCGCGCGCUGUGUCCGCCGCGCAAGGCUCCGUGCUGCGAGCCGCCGCUGCUGCGCCCGCAUCACCCCUACUACAAGCGCCCGCUACCCGUCUCAGCGGUGUGACCGCUGUGACGUGUCAGAGACUGUAACCCCGUGUGCCUUACGGUGCCUCUGCCUUCUGUGAAGGCGCUCUCGAUUGUAAAUAGUUCUAUGUACAUAAUUAUUGUAAUUUUAUAUAAAAUAUACUGUUGAUUUUUAUACAAAA